AUGGAUUUGUUGUGUUGCUUCCCCAAGCUGGUGGAUCCUGCCGAGACCUUCCUCUGUUGCCUGCCGCUGGGCGCGGGCGUGAAACUCCUGAUGUGGCCUCACCUCGCGCUCACGCUCUACACCGUCGCUGCCGCCGUGGAGAACCUGAUCGCCGGCGACCAAGGAGCGACCGGAACAUCUCAAAUGUUCGAGACCAUCUGGUCCCUGAUCGGAGUCCCGAUCAUCGCUGCAGGGCUUUGGGGAGUUUACCACCGACUGGAGCCACAUGUGCGGAUGUACUGGUACUAUCUCGUCAUCAGCUUCCUGAUCGAUUUGGUCUAUGUCGUCGAGAUCUUCAUCGCGCGCGACGCCUGUGCUCAUUUGGCUCCUGAAGUCCAGGGCCGACAAGGUCAGGCCUUUGCCUGUGGCGUCGCCCGGGGGGUGAGCACUGCCAGCGCUGUGGCUUUUGCUCUGACCUUCCUGUACCUGAUCUAUAUAGUUUGGAGCUGGUGUGAGGAUGUUGAGGGAAUCGGUCCAGCAGACGCCAUCGCAAGCCUGCUAGACUUGGCAGAGGGAAAGCGACCAUCCUUGAAGAUGGGCCUGUCUGGCUGGCAAGCGGACCUCCCUGAAGUCAUCGGUCCGAGCCUGGACGCCACCGCGUCCAUCAUCUCUGGGGCCAGCAUCUUCUAUGGCUCCGUCAGCCAUGCCAUGACCAGGGAGGCCAAACUGGUGGGCCAGUUCGUAGGAGAUGAGAUUGGUGACAUCGAACGCUACGCGACAGGCAUCGAGCAGCGACGAUGA